AUGAAGCUCACUCAAACUAUCCUGGCUCUGGCCAUUGCAUCGGUGGCUAAUGCCCAGCUGAGCUCUCUGCCCAAAUGCGCGCAAAGCUGUGCUACCAACGCGAUCCCCGCUAGCUGUGGCGUCGAUGUCGCUUGUAUUUGUGACAACAAGAGCUUCCUAGGCGAUAUCGCCUGCUGCAUCGCUGGCAAGUGCACUGAAGCUGAGCAAGAAGAGACUCUCAAGGCAGCCAAGGGAAUCUGCUCUGCAGGCGGUGUCACCGACCUGCCUAGUACGGUCGCCUGCACCACUGGGGCAUCCAGCACCACUGCUUCAGGUACCUCGACCACCAGCUCGGACAGUGCCUCUACCACUUCCACCAGCGGCACCACGACUGCAAGUGGUUCCGAGACCACCAUCAGUGGCACCGCUGAGACUACCACCACGAAGUCUUCGUCUACGACCACGUCGGGCACCGAAAACACUUCCACCUCUGGCUCGGCUACUGCAUCUUCCACUUCGGCAGCCGCUACCAAUGGUGGUGCUGUGCUCGGACAAAACAAGGAUGCUUCCUUCAUGGCCGCUGCCGGAGCUGCUGCGGCCUUCGCCAUCCUCAUCUAG